AUGGUGCGAGUGCAUUCAUCGACCCAUCUUAAAGAUGAUGGUGCGGGAAAAAGAAAGAUGAGGCAGUUUGCAGCUGGAAAGUUAACAAGAAACAGUUCUCAUACGAUGCUACCGAGAAUAAGAUCAAACGAAUCAUUUGUAAGAACAGAUAGACCGUAUAUUGGGCGAUCCAGGUCAAGUGGUGAUGUUAUCAGGUAUAAUAAAUCAGGUUUAAGGCUGGGAUCCUUGACUGUUCUGGGACCACAUCAUAAAACAAGAAGUCUUAUCAACCUAGCAGGAAGAAAUGCAUCAUUGAGAGGUACAAAGCACAAGGUUAUAAUCGAUCUGGGAUCAAGUGAUAAUGAAUCAGGGAAUGAAUCUCCUGAGGAAGUCGAAUCGUUUGAUGAUGCUGAAAUUUCGCAGAGUAAAGAAAAGGCAGCAGGUAUGAAUUUGAAAAAAGAAGAUAACGUUCGAGAAAGUACGAAACUGCAACAAUCCGCUUUGAAUAAUAAAGUGAGGGAUAUGAAAGAAAAUAAACCGGAUGGCAGGAGCUAUUCCCAAGUAAAUAAAGAUCUUUUAAUUGAAUCUGUUCCGGAAAGGCUUAGACAGGAUCAGAAUGAAAAAGGAAACGGGGGAGAAAAACACGAGGAACUACUUUCUAACGGAAAUAAAGAUUAUGCUAUGAAAGAGAAGAGCAAAAACACUGUGAAUGAUAAAAAUUCGAUGUCCUAUAAUGCCGACUAUCUUUUAUCUCAGUCCACAGGACAGGAAAAGCCCAUAUAUAAGCCUAAAAAUACUCCAGACCGACAUAAGCACAUCACUGGAGAAGAGCAUGCCAGAGUUAAUGGCUUAAGCAAUGGAAAUGUUAGCAAAAGUAUCAUUUCAUCAAAUAUGCAGAUGCAGGCUGUGCCGAUGAAUCAGUCUAGUAGCAGUGCAUCUCUUUUAUUCCGACAAUCUGGGUUGAAUCUUGCAUCCGCAAAUUCUUUUUAUCGUACGAAUAGAUUCACACCCGCCCGUUUGAGAGAUUUUAGAGCUCCAAACCAUAGAAAGGUAUCAGAAGACCAAAAUGAGGAAAAGCACUUACAAAAAAACCGCAUGAGCGAAAACAAAGAAGGAGCCUCUACAGAUUCUACAGACUUUUCGAAUGACUUUAGUUCAUAUAUGGCAAAUCAGCAACCCGAGCUGCAGACUAGAACUCAACAAAAGUUAUGGCUUCAACGAAAGAAUAUUAGUUCUUUAGUGGAUAUUGCAGAUUCUAACAAUCCAUUUACAACAAAUGUGACAAGGUUGGAGUAUGAGAAGUUAUCAAGGGAGUAUCUAAGUAUCAGGCGUUUCAGCAAUCCUAUGCUGAGGUCCCUCGAUAAAAUGAAGGAGAUCCCAGGCUUGUUAAUACAGAAAACGCGGCCUGGAAUCGUACAAACAGAAACAGAAGAUGCAGGUACAACGUUAGGUAUUGCUUCAAGAGAAGAACCAUUUCGUGGCAGCUUUGAACAGUAUAAUAGGCAGGCAUCUACUUUCUGGAAAAAGUACAGUGAUCAAUUUUACUCGGGAAAAGGAGAGACAUUGAAUGUGGAUAGUAAAGAUGAUCAUUCUUCAAAGGAGAUCAACACAGAAGGCUCUAAUAAUUAUUACAGUUCUUCCAGAUCAGCAGCAUCUCAGUUUAGAGCAAUGCCUAGAAGAUAUCAACCCACGACAAGAGCUCAGCAGAAACUAGCUGCUUCCUCUUCACUGAACUUAGUUAAUUUACAACACUAA